AUGUUUAUACUAUCAUCAAUUUUGGUUUAUGCAUUCACCAAAUUCGUACAUGGCGAAUAUUUAUCAGUGAUUGAAGAUAAUGUUAAAUUUGAUUGUUCUCGAUUACCCGUCACAUAUUGCUGCACAACACGUGUCCGCAUAACAUGCGAAGCGCAAUGUUCCACUACCCGUUGUGAUUCAGAUUUCUACAAACGAGAGAGGAAGUUGAAACAACCGGUAGUUGCACCACAAACGAUUUAUAAAAAUGGUUUGAACGAUGGUAACACUGUAGAUGGCAUACAAAUGAAACGGACAGGACAUAAAUCGCUGCCCCAAAACUUAUCUAAAAAAAGAUACUUACCAGCUCCGACAAACAGUGACGAGAAUGAAUCACUGGUCAAUAUGUCAAGCAGUGAGGAUGAUGAAGUUACAAUAGAUGAAAUACCAUUUGUCACAGAGACAGUAUCAUCGUUAAGUUCUGGCCUAGAACCAUCUUACAUCACAUUAGAACCUCAAACAAUGAUUAUUACAAAACAAAUCAGUACAUUAUCACCAGUUCAGGAAGGCUUACAAAGAAAAUAUUGGGAACUACGUUCAUUUAAUAUUAUACCUCACGUAACUCCAGCACUGAAUUGGCUACACAACCGUAAUAACAACUUGGCUGAAUCGGAAAAGGAACAAUGUGGCGUUGCACCAGAAUUUUCACCAUGCAUAUCAACUCUGCAAGCAAACAUUCAAUUCAAACAAUGCUGUCACAACAAAUUACUUCCACCUAAUUGUCAACAUUUCUGUAAAUAUGAUAUGAAGAAAAGUGAGGUAAGCAAGACCACCGACGCAGGUCUUUGCGCAAUUUUACACAUCGUACCAAUAGUUCAGUGUGCUUCAAAUGGACGCGAUAACAGUAAAUGUUGCAGGCAUAAACAAAUAACUAUAAAGAGUGCGCCGGAGUGCGAAAUAUUUUGUCGUUCCGGACAAGAGAUUACGAAACUUGGUCUGGAACACUUGGUUUGUCAAAAAGUAAUGGAUGAAAUUAUUGCUUGCCACUUAUCCGGUUUAAGUUAG